CAUUUUCACUCCUUACCGACAUGACAUGAUGGAGAAAUCUUUGAAUGCUUAUCAACAGAUUAAAAGAAGAGAAUAUGGCAUAAGACAAAGUUCGAGAUCGAAAUUCAAUAUAUUGAAGAGACUUUUGUUGGACGAAAACUAUGUCUACAAAGAUGUUUGGACUAAAUAUUCCAACAAAGACAUAAGGACUGAAGGAGGGAGAUUGUACUUUGAAAAUUACACCAAGUGUUAUGGCGGGUACGGGAAGGGGAAUAAGCCGGUUUACCUUCACUCUAUUUCAACCCCCCAGGACCAGAAGAUUGAGACAGCAUUAGAGGCCUCUAUACAACCCGAGACGUUAUCCUUGCCUUGUAAAGGUGAAAGACCCUCUUUCUACUGCAUUGUGGGUAAAUGUUGGUUGAUGAGGUACGAUUUGUUCAGUGGAAAUCUACUGGAGGAGGUGUACCUGUCACCAAGGUCACACUGUCAGUUCAAAGAUUUAAGCUGGAAUGAACCUGGAUGUUCCAUUGUUGUGAAAUCAACACACAAAUUAUCAGGCUGUGUUAGACUGGUUGAAUCCGGUCACCCGACUGUCGUCAAAGUCCUGGCAUUGUUUGAUGUGUUUCCUCUCAAGUUCACUGGGAUGUUCGAAAUUACGAAAACAGUAUUUGGGAAGGACACAGUGGAUGCGAUGGCUUCUUGCGGUUUUUUGACCACCAUGCACACGUCUGGAUUAGUCAAACUCCACAGUAUGGAGUAUGUCCUGCAGGAGUACAUGCAGUAUGAAGCUGAACUUUACACAGAGCUUCCAGACCAGAAUGAGAUCUGUGGAAAUCAACCUUUUGGUCUACCACUGAACAUUAUCAUCAAAGAGGAACCGCCUGUGCUUUUCCAGGUCCAUUGUCAUCAGAGCAGUCUGGAGGUGGGGGGCUACCCUUGGCACUACAUGUACACACCCAAACGCAAGGACGGAUCAUUUCAUGUCAAAUCUCUGUCCUCAGGACAACUAGCAGACAAUGGGAUACUGCACUCUAAAACUCUAGGAAUGGAAGAGGACCGGGCAAUGUUUUGUACUGAUGAAUCUGGAAGGAUUUUACAUAUAGAUAGUAACUCUGUCAGUGUGUAUAGGAUUCAGGAGAAAAAUGUCACAGAGUGCAUGAUAGAAAAGUGUUUUACGAUUGACCUAAAGAAAGAGGAGCAAGGCCGGCCCAUUCCCUACGACAAUUACUCAUCGUCAGGGCGACACAUUAGGAGCAUCGCCUUCGGGUCGAUGCUACUCAUGGACUUCGAACUCCCAAACAUGUGUAUACAUAAUGUGGAUUAUGAGAAUGAAUUAGACCUUCUCUGGACAAGUGCUGACUAUUCAAUAUCGGACGAUUCCACAGAAAGCUAUCUUCGAUUCCACGACAACAGUACAGGAAAAAAUGUGAAGGAAGUUCAAUUAAAACAGCCUUUCAAUGAGUCAAUGUACGACGAAAAUCAUAUACAUGUUGACCUUGACACAGUGGUGCAGACUGUAAAGUCCUUUAAUGGAGAGUUUGCGUGCGUGGUAUACAGACUGCAUGCAAAAGAGGAAGAUCGGGAUGGGCAGGCAGACAAUGGGCAUAAGCCACGGAGAAGCAUUCGGUUGGAUCAAUCUGGAAAUUCUGAAAACACACAGGCAGACACCAGCUCAUCUACAUCCCAGCAUUAUCGACGCCAGCGACGCCGAGGCAGUGGAGAGUUGGACGAGGAUUGGAGUGACCCCAGCAUUUCCUCUAGGCAAAGGAGACAGAGCGGGGCUAGGGAGAAGAGGUCACAUGACCAGCAACAGACCCCCAGACGAAAAGGAAGACCAAUGACAAAGGAGAAAUAGAAACAGUCCAGACAAAGAAAAGGAUGCUAGUAAGCGAGUAAUCACCGACAGAUCCCCAGGCAAGCUCUGGACAAAGGAGUGACCGAAACAAUCCUGGUGUCCAAUCAGUGUUACCGUGGAGAUAAUUGCAACAGAGAAUGCUUCCGUGUCUAUGGACUCGAGGGCAUAAAUGAACAGGUCUUACGUAGAGACAGUCAGGGCAGAAAUGAAAAGGUCCCAAGGAAUUGCAACCCACAGAGACACCUAUUUUUUGACAGGUACCAAGAUUGUAGUGAAGGAUGUUGCUAGUUUUAAACAUAUUGACAGAAUGCAAGGAACUGUGUUGGAGUUGGUGUUUUUAAACUGAAAGUCGCUAAUUUUACUGUUAGAAAAAUAUUGACUGCUUUCUUGCAUGAAUAUCUCACUUUGUGUAGCUGUGCAAUAUCAAACUAAGGUCUUCAUGACCUACUUUUAUGCAAUGGUAGAAUUGGUUAAGAAAUUUUAGCUUGACAUGUGAAUGAAGUCAUAUUAUGUUUUAUAUACCGUUUUAUUUUUAUAUUAAAUGCUGGAAAUAAAACAUCAAUUUUU